AUGUAUAUCUCCACGAUCACGGCCCUAGCAGUGCUUGCCGCUUCUGCCUCUGCAAAGCAAUGUAUCAACACCACUGUCCCAGUCAACUUGAUAGCUCGACAGGCAGUCUUCAACCUCGCUGUCCCUCAGACAAACCUCGAAGUCACCGAUUUCAUUUUGAAUAUGACCCAACAAGGCCGGAACUUUACUGACGUUGUUCUUACCGGAUACAAUACGACGACGGGAACAUACAACAUCAGCACUCAGUUCUGUAUGCCAUCCAAUGACAACAGCACCAGUCCUACUGUUCAAGUCUUGACCCACGGAAUCGGUUUCGACAAGACAUACUGGGACCUGUCAUUCAACAACUACAAUUAUAGCUACGUCAAUAUUGCCACAGAUCAAUACAAAUACUGUACUCUCAGCUUCGACCGUCUCGGAAUCGGGAAUUCCUCCCACGGUGAGCCCUUGAACGAGAUCCAAAGCUUCAUCGAAAUUGCGGCAACAGUUCAGCUCACUCAAAUGCUCCGCAACGGCACGUUCCCUGGUGUCAACCACACAUUCAGUAAAGUCGUGCAUGUGGGACACUCCUUUGGGUCAGCUCAAACAUACGCCUUGGCCAACAUGUACCCGAAUAUAACAGAUGGUAUCGUUUUGACCGGAUUCUCGAUGAACGGAUCCUUCGUUAGUUCCUUCGCAGCUGGAGGAAACUUCCAGCAAGCCAACCAGAAUCAGCCCCUUCGAUUCAGCAAUAUCACUGGACUUCAGGCUCAGAAUGUCCUCUCAAUGUACGCGGAACCGUUGGUUUCAUACAUCUCGCCCAUUGACCUUUCCGCCCUUCCUGCGCCGCGAGCACUACCAAAUGGCUACCUGAUCACUUCCGAUAUCGAAGGGAAUAAGCUGCAAUUCUUCAAGCCACAUUACUACGAUCCGGCCAUCUUGGAGUUGGCUGAGAGAACAAAGCAGCCCGUCACGGAGGGUGAGCUGCUAACUCUCGCAUCGCUGCCGAUGAUGAACAACUUUGCUGGUCCAGUCAUGUUGAUUGCCGGAGGCCAGAACGCAGAUGCCGAUCUCCCAUACUGCGGAAGCAACUGCCUCGCCACUGGUGGCGUUGCAGAGUCGAUUCCCGCGAUGGUCAAGAUGAAUUUCCCGAACGUUGCUACCAGCAACUUCUCGGCGGUCGUUCAACCGAACAGUGGACAUGGCAUCAACCUUCACUAUAACGCUACCGGUGCAUACGAUGUUAUUAACACUUUCUUGAACUCCAGGGGACUGAUGAGCUCUUGA